AUGUGGAGUGAUUUGAUGGAAUCGGGAAACAAACCGGAUGCGGAAGAAGCCGGGGAACUCCUUGCCAACUUUGACCGCUAUUGUCAAAAGGCGGCCAGGGCUUUGGCAGAGGCAGAUGUCUUUUUGCUAGUGACGGGGGCCGGGUUCAGUGCGGAUAGUGGUCUUGCAAUCUACCGUGAUGUGGCCAAGGUUCCUGCCUAUCAGGCACGAGAUCUGGAUUAUUCGGAUAUCUGCAUGCCGCAUUGGCAGUUUGAUGAUCCGGAACUAUUCUAUGGCUUUUGGGGACAGUGUUUCAAUGAUUAUCGCAAGACACAGCCACACGAGGGAUAUUCUAUCCUCCACCGAUGGAAACAAGACAAAAAUUUUGACAACAACAAUGUUGCUGAAACUAUUUCUGCACGAAUUGAGCGGAAAGUAGAACUGCAGCGUCCCUUUGACGACGAAAUUGUGGAGAGGCAUGCCCCCUACUUGGUAAAAUCCGGUCCAGCAGGUGCUUUUUUCUCCUUUACAUCCAACGUGGAUGCUCAUUUGCAUGAUCUUUUUGAGGCACACGAGAUCCAUGAAUGCCACGGAAAUAUCGAAUCUUGGCAAUGUUCCGACCCAUAUUGCGAUGCCGGGGUCUUCAGGGCUCCUUUGGAUCACUCCUUUGAAAUCGACAUGGAAACUAUGUUGGCGCCAUCCGUCCAGGGCGACACUUCUUCUUCUUCUAAAAAUGACACGGCAACACAAGCCGGAAAGAAAAGCAGCAACAGCAACCACGUCCCCCACAUUGGGCAGGUUGGAGGAAGCAACCGAACACAGCCUCUCCAAAAAAUGCCACCACCAAAGGAACCAAACAACUGGCGCACAUCAACAUCAAUUGCCACUGAUAGCGAAGGAAACGAUGUUUUCCCCAACUGGCCUCAAUGUGCUCUCUGCAAAGCAUAUGCCCGUCCAGCCAUCCUCAUGUUUGGUGACGCUCGAUGGAAACGAGAUAUUGCCCAGGGCGAGCGCUGGAACUUGUGGAAGGAGACUGUGUUGGAUUUGUGUGAAAAACGCAACAGCAACAACCCACUCAAAGUAUGUAUUGUGGAAGUUGGGUGCGGCUUGAACGUCCCAACCUGCCGAUUUGCCUCGGAACGGAUGGUGGAGGAUGUAGCGAGAAAGGGCGGGGACGUCGUUUUGGUGCGGGUCAACCCGGAUUUCCCUCUCGCGAGUGAUUCUGAUGUGAACGAUUGUGUGAUUCCGAUAAUGGCGAGGGGGCUGGACGCCAUUAAAAGGAUUGAUAAGCACUACCGGGGGAUGUGA